AUGUCAGAUUAUACACAGAGUCAGUUGACGGAACAAUUAAAGAACUUACUGACAAAGUCUGACCGCGAUGCAUUACGCCCGUUGACCAAAGUAGUUUCCCCUUCAGAACCAAUGGAUUUACAGCACAUACGAGACGCUCGUCGGCAGCGUACGUCGGAGAGCUCGUCUUCAUCCAUUUCGUCGUUGCCAACAGAGGUAAUAGAUCCGCCACCAGGUCAUAUUGAGCUGAAUAGUACGCCGGCACUCGCCAGUCCACAACCCCAGCAUUCUUCUUUUCGUCGUAAGCAUUCUAUUCACAAGUUCAAUCGAAGUCAAUACAGUCUUAGUUCGAUAUCAACCACGCCAUAUGGAUCUACUGUUCCAAGCAUAAGUAGCUCACCAAAGGAUACUUUUGCUAGAGAGCCUCCAAGAAUACAUUCAAAGUUGUAUUGUGAUGAGGUGGUCAAAAACAACAAGACUGCAAAAGAGGUGUUAUCUCGCUUAUCUUCUGACGAGUUGCGUUCGGUGAAGACUCAUACUGAGUUGGCAGAGACGGCAAACGGGGUACGAAUGUUGGCCAAGAACCUUUCUAGGGCCACCAUACAAUUGGAUGUAAAGGCCUUGAUGAUUGUAACUAAAGCCCGGGACAAUGCGUUGGUUUAUUUGACGCGAGAGGUUGUUGAAUGGCUAUUAACAAAUCACAAGGAACUUACUGUUUAUGUUGACUCAAAAUUGGAGCAUUCAAAAAGAUUUGAUAGCAAGCGUAUGAUCCAAGAGUACUCUAAUGCAGCUAAGCAUUUGCGGUACUGGAACAAAGAUUUGACGUUAAAGUCUCCUGAAUUGUUUGACUUGGUAGUCACGCUAGGCGGGGAUGGUACUGUUCUUUACGUGUCCAACUUGUUUCAAAAGGUGGUGCCACCAGUGUUGUCAUUCUCAUUGGGAAGUUUGGGGUUCUUGACCAAUUUCAAGUUUGAUGACUACAAAUCAAAGUUGAAUCACUGUCUAGAUUCAGGAGUCAAGGCAAACUUGAGAAUGAGAUUUACUUGCCGGGUACAUACGGCAGAGGGGAAACUUAUUUGUGAACAACAGGUGUUGAACGAAUUAGUUGUUGACAGGGGCCCAUCUCCUUUUGUUACAAACUUGGAACUCUAUGGUGAUGGAUCACUAUUGACUAUUGCUCAAGCAGAUGGACUCAUAAUUGCAACACCUACCGGAUCAACUGCUUACUCCUUGUCUGCUGGCGGCUCUUUGGUUCAUCCUGGAGUGAGUGCAAUCAGUGUAACGCCAAUUUGCCCUCAUACAUUGUCAUUCCGCCCUAUCUUAUUGCCAGAUGGCAUGUUUUUGAAAAUCAAGGUACCUGUAACCAGUCGGUCAACCGCAUGGUGUUCAUUUGACGGAAAAGUUAGAAAAGAGCUUAGUAAAGGGUACUACGUCACAAUACAGGCUUCUCCUUUCCCCUUCCCCACAGUGAUUGCUUCCAAGACAGAGUAUAUGGAUUCCGUUAGUAGGAACUUGAACUGGAAUGUUAGAGAGCAGCAGAAACCAUUCAGCUCGUAUUUGAAACCAGAAACAAGGCAAAUGAUGGCAGAGAAUGAUAUUGGGGAGGAUAAAGCAGAAAAAAUUGACGAUAAUGAUGAUUUUGAUAUAAAUUACAGCGAUCAAGAAGAGACAGAGGAGAAAACGUCGUCAAGCAACACAACAAGCGAGACAAAUAGUGAAGACAUGAUGUAUCUCCCUCAAGGUAGCGGAACACAAACACCAACAACCAAUAAUUUAGAUGAUAGAUGCUGUUAUGCACAUCCACAUGCUAGAGUACAUUUAAAUGGAUCUUGA